GUCUUUCUUUUUCCAAAAGAUAGCACGAUUCUCAAAAAUUUUGAGCUCUGUCCCAAAUCUUAUUCAAGUAACCAAGUCAACAAUGAAGAUACUUUGUAUUUUCCUGAUCUUUGUCUUCACUGUAUCUUAUGGUCUAUCAGUUCCACAGAAAAGACCAAAAAGUGCUGCAGAGAGAAAAAGAGAAUGUCGUCUUGUUCGUGGUGCUUGCAAGGCUGAAUGCAACACCUGGGAGUACGUGUUUACUUACUGCGAUCUUGAGCCCUGCUGUGUGGUACGGGAAUACAAUAAGCCAGUUGCGAAAAGAAUCAGUACUACAACUCAGACAACUGUCAAUAAUAAUUCUAAUACACUAUAUAACAUUACACUGUAACAAUAUUAUUAAUAAAAAUGAAUUUUUACUUUG